AUUCACUUGAAAGUGCCAGUUCCUUUGUAGCAGCGGGAUCGUAGAUCCACGCAUCGUCAACAUGCACUACAUUCGCGUGAGCUAGGCACCUCGAAACGGUGCCCACGGCUCCGCGGAACGCGUUUAUAUUCGGUCUCUUCUUAGUCAUUCAUCAUCAAGAGGGCGCCAAGCCUUCACUCUAGCAGUCCCACGAAACUGUCUUCAUUUACGUAGUUCCCCACACUGGCGAACCGAGUUUCUCGAGGCUUGAAGGCGACUCGUUUGCGGCUCGCCAUGUCACCAUGCUCGCCUGUCAAUGCCAGAACCACGAGAUAACAUAGGGUCUAUGGUGGUGUGAAGGACUGUGGGGCAGCGGCCAAUGGCGGUCUAACUUCGUAACACAUUCCCAUGCUUCAGAUCGCUGACCGCACACUUCCACAACACUGCACAAUACGCCACAACGACUCUAUGACCUCGCAACCCGCUGAACGCCCACUGAAGGUCCUCGUCGCACUGACCGAUCCAGUUACCUCCAGGUUUGGCUCUGCGGUUGUUGCGCGCCUACAACGACUUGAAAAUGUUUCUCUACGCAUCAUAGCGCGCACACCGUUUCCCACGUCACCAUUUACGACCGUCUCACCGACCCUCGAGCCUGUCUGGCACACGUACAAUGCCGAAAAUAAUACAACGCCUGGGUCGCAACAUGCAGACUUCGUCGAAACCCAAGUCGCUGAGUACUGCUCGUGGGCAGACUCGCUCGUCAUUGCGCCGCUCGAUGCCGAGAACAUAGCGCAAAUGCUGCAUGGCUUUACAAGCAACCUCCACUUGAAAGUAUUGCGUAGCUGGGAUGUUUCGAAGAAGAUUCUCCUCAUACCGGGCAUGUCAACUUUGCAGUGGGAGCAUCCCAUGUCAAAAAAACAGAUCAGCAAGAUAAAGAAGAAGAUGAACUGGAUUCGCGUCUUGUCUCCGUUGCUAUGGAAUUACGAUCAGACUGGCAGAAAGAUCGUGCCUUGGGGAGGACACAAGGAACUUGGCGAGUCUGUACAAACGCAGAUCGACUUGAUGGCAGUCGGUGAACGCAGUGUCGCAUUGUCAACUGCACACCUGCCUGCACUGAAGCCGUCCAAGAACAAGGGGCCUCGUCUUCCACCAGAGCUCUGGUCUAUCAUACUGGAAUUCACCGAGGACUGGGAGCUGGCCACCACACUCAACGUGCACACCAACCUCCCAGUCCCUCGCGAGUGGCAACAGGCUGCCAGUGAAGCAGGGCCGAAGACUCAGAUGCAAAAGCUGGGCUGGACGCUACUCACGUGCAGCUAUGCUGACAUUGCGAAAGCGUUCGACACAGAAAAGCCCACUCGCAUCACACGUCCAUGCCUCGAUCUCAUCAUGCGAUUUGCUAUGGUACCUGUGCUCAAGCAUCUGGAGUACCAUCACAAAGAUCUCUUCUGGCAGCAUUUUGGCCAUACCUUCCUUCCCCACAAAGCAUCACUCUUCAGCAAGAUUGAGAUUCUCGACUACUGGCGCACGUCUCCUACUUUCCUGACCAAAGAGUACUCCAGCGAAGCCAUGGACGCCGCAUCUCGCAACAACUCGACAAAUGCCCUCGACUGGUGGUACAAUUCAGGCCUGCCUUUAAAAUACACUGAAGCAGCCCUCGAGCAAGCUUCGUCGCAAUGUCACAUUCCUGUCUUGCACUGGUGGAAAGAGCACUCGCGGCACCGCACGCCCCCAACACCUGGUGAAGAGGCACCCCCCGCUAAGCUCCGUGACCCUCUGAAGCUCAAGGUCGGCAAGUCCAUAACAUACGCAACGCAAUCCAACAAGCUCGACGUGAUUAAAUGGUGGGUCAACAGUGGUGUGCCCUUCUCGCAUGAAGAUACUGUCACCAAAAUCGCAUCUACACAUGGACACACGAAAAUCUUGGACUACUGGAGAUCGAUUCGCGGUGAGAAGAUGCUCUUUGACAACCAGGUACUGGUCGGCCCCACAAAGAUGGGCAAGGCAGACGUACUUGAGUGGUGGAAGAAGAGUGGACUGAAGGUCGAGUACAAGACAUGUGACAUUGAGGAAGCCCUGGAAGAUGGUGUGGAGGGCGAGGCUGGUGAGAACGUGAGACGGUGGUGGGCUGAGAACGGAUUGAAUCUUGGAGUUGGGACGAGUGAGUGGAUGAGGGUCAAGACUUUGGGCUCUUGAAAGAGUAACUGGAGCAAAUGUAGAAGGAUGUACGACUUGGGUAUCAGCAUAGCAUAGCAUAGCGAAGGAGUUCAAUCAAGCGUUGCGUAGACAAAA